AUGAUCAAUCUGCAUAUCGGUUUUCGAAGCCAAUUGUUGGAAAUCGGAAAUGGCAAAAUUCAAAGCGAUAACACAAACGGUUUAAUUAGUUCGCCAAACAAUUUUUGUAAAAUUUUCCAAUCAAAAGUAGAAUUGAUUGAACGAGUGUUUCCAAAUAUUAUCCAGAAUCACAGGAAUCACAAUUGGUUGAGUGAACGCGCAAUUCUGGCACCAAAGAAUAUGCAUGUCAAUGCUAUCAAUUACCUCAUCCAAGAAAAAUUGCCUAGUGCAGUAAUAUCAUGCAAAUUUAUUGAUAGCGCAUUGAAUGAAGAUAAUGCAGUCAACUAUCCAGUUAAAUUUUUGAAUUCGUUGAAACCACCCGGUAUACCACCGCAUUUCUUGAAUUUGAAGGUCGGCUCAUCAAUUAUUUUACUAAGGAAUUUGAAUGCACCAACACUGUGCAACGGCACAAGAUUAGCUAUAAAAAGAUUGAUGCCGAAUUUAAUCGAAGCCACAAUAUUGACUGGCAAAGCGAAGGGGGAAUUUAUACUCAUCUCACGUAUUCCUCUGAUACCAACAGAUAUGCCAUUUGAAUUCAAACAAUUGUAA